GAAACAAGACUCCGGCCGUUUGCAUUUCAAAUUACCAGCUUUGAAAAGCUUGCUACACGUGAAUCGAUAAACUUCUGGCACGUUUGGCUAUCUUUCUUCAUUGCAACGUGUCAUUCUUAACGACGGAGAAUGUAACAACGAAAAGCACAUGGUUUUUCUUCGUUUGACUGUGGAACGUUUGUAUGGAAUUCUAGGAAACGUCUCAGCUGAAGUGAAAUUGACAACGCUUGCUUUGGAAUUAAGCUUAAGCUUAAGUUUAUUCCACAUUGAUUUUCGUUCACCACAUAUCCCAAGUGGAGAGCAAGUGAAGCUGGAAAUAAUGCCCGUAAGAAGUGUUUUGGUCGAAUAUUGAAGACCGUUACUUCUGGGAAAAGUCGACAUUGUUUAUAAGCUUAAAUGGUUGGCAAAUCAGAUGUUUAUGUUCGUCCACGAGUCUAGAACUGACACCGAACACAACAACGAGUGAUUCUGUCUACAGUACUGCUGAAUACAUAGUACCAGCGUGACUGUUUGUUGGAAUUGCAUGCUUCUUGUUUUUCACUCCUUCACAGCGAAGAAGUAUACACCGCAUUACGACUUGUCAGGAUUUGGAAGAGAUUGACUUGUCUACAGUGUAGUCUCUCCCUAGGAAAUACACUGUAUUUAAGCUUAUAUUUACAGUGUGUGAAGUAAUUUUGAUCUUCAGAGCAGAAUUGAAAAACACUAUCACUUUAUUCAAAACAUUGUCAACUAAGCCAACAUAACAGCUGUUCAAAAAUGGACCCAGAGUAUGAGAGACGACUUCUUCGACAACCAAAUGGACGGAGUCCUCUGUCCAAUUCUGUAAGUAUUAACGCUGUAAGGUAGUAUACUACGUUACAUGUAUGUCUUACCGUUCAUUGCUUCCCAAUGGCAGGGCUCAAAAUAAUUUUCCGAGGGUGGCCAGACACAACGACCAGCCAAAGAAAUUUUUGCUUGGUCUAGCCUUGUUUCUGACCGGUCAAAAAAUUGGAAAAAAAUACUGAUUAAUCCUUGUGUAAUUUUCUGUCGGUGAAGAUGUUUUAUUUUUACAAACUGAGAAAAUCUAAGGUUUACAGUUGAAGAUUUGGCUGUUCAUUCUAGAAUAAGAGUGUGCGUAACUGGUCAACUUGACCAGUGAGUGAUGCUUUCAGCCAGUCAAGAUACCAUUCUGGCCAGGCAUUGUCCAUUGAUGGGCUGUUAGUUUGAGCUGUGCAAUCAUCAGUUCUUUUUAAGGCUGCAAGGCGGACAGUAGUCUAGGCCUGUCAUUAAAAUUUCAGGUUACUAAUGGUACAAGUAGAGAGGGAAUCCAACAGCUGGGGAUUUUGUUUGGUUUUAUUUUUCUUCUAUUUUCCUACAAAAGUAGGCAGGGGUCACAUUCAUAAUAGCCGGGGAAAAUCCCUGUGCCCUGGCAUUUAUGACAGCCCUGGUAGUCGUAGACACAUGAAGGCUAAAUGUCCUUUCUUCUCUAACAAAAAAUUAUAGACAUUCACCAGAAAGGAAACUUGUCUUGUUGCCUUCCCAAGGAUGUCCGGACUGCAGGGACAUCACUGGCCAAAGUAAUUUAUUUUAAUUAAAACCUUGACUUGUAUCAAAUUACAAGCCCUGAAAAUAUAUUUGCAUCAUCUUUUCUGACAGCCUUGUUUGAGUGGACUAAGGCAUUUUAGCUCACCUCAUCUAAGUCCAGUCAGUUCUCCUGGCAGAGAAAAGUUUGGAGAUAGGUAAGGGAAUUCAAGAAAUUUGAAUUUAAAUUCAAGGAAUUUAAGAACUGUCUUUAAAAUUAAUGUUAUUGUGUUUCAAAAACCUAAAAGAACUGUGAACUUUCAUCUUUAUGAAAUUUUACAUUAAUUUUAUUUUUUAUUUAUUUAUUUUAAUGAUUGGAUAAUGUAUUUUUGUCAUAAAGGUUUAUUCCAAGUCGUACCAGUCCAGCAAUGCAACUAAAUUUUAAUUUCAUACAGGUAUGUUACCCUCCUUAAACUUGAUCAAAACCCUGUAUCUUUUUUCAACAUCAGGGAAGCUUCAAACAGAUGGGGGAAAUCUGGUAAAAAGUCAUAUAUAUCAUUUUGUUGAAAUAAGUGUCCUGAUCAUAAAUCAUUAAAAUUAUGAUAGUUAUUUUUUAAAAUUGUGUGUAGAAAGUCAUCAUCAGUCAUCAUCUGUUUUUGCUUCAAUUUAUUGUUCUAUUUUUAGGAAAACAGUGACCCAGCAAAGAAUAGUGCAGUGACAAGGUCAGUUUUCAAAACCCCUUGUAUCCCUGGCAUUAAGUAUUCUAUUACAGGAUGUAAAUUUAAUAAACAGGGCUUCUGAUAUUUCACGCUGUCUUGGAGCAGUUAAAUCCUGCGAAAUUCACAAAAACUCAAACUAUCAAAUACACUGUACAUCAAGGGUUAGUACAACGUAUUUGAAACUUAUCUCUGCUGUUGGGGCUAAUAAAUAUGGUGUGUAGAUCAGUUAAAAUAAAAUAAAAAACAUACAAAAUUGUAAAGUGACCACUGGUAAGCAAGUUGGAAAAGAAAUUGGGGGUCUGCCAUAAACAAUUCCUAUGCUUAAAAGGACUUAAAAAAAAUAAAGUAAGAAUUCAGUUUAAAACUUAUUCUAAUACAGCUGUACCUUCCUAAGGCUGUAACUUAUUAUUGGGAUUGCACAAAAUAAUAAUUACAGCAACAACACUCUUGAUUUUGUUUGUGCUUAAUUUGUGGAGAUUUUUAGAUGCUAAAUAGAAAACUGUUUUCUUUUCAGGGAUGCCAGUGUUGAUUCAAAAGGUUUGUAUAUUAACAUUUCACAAUAUUAAUUUUAUUUUAAUACAAAAAAAACAAUGCAUUGUUUUCUCUUUUUUUCGAGAGCUUAAAGCUAGGUCUAGCUUGAACUUUCCAAAUAAGGUAAAAAUGAAAUUUUAAAACUAUUAUAGUAUAAAGCUCUGUAUGUGUACUGUUUUUUCCAGAGGGAAUGGCUUAUCAGUGUCUUUUGAAGAAUGAACUUCUUGGAGCAGGAAUUGAAGACCUGAAAGUAAGGCCAUACAAUGUAUAAUAAUUAUUCCAGUGUAAACAUUGGUUUCUCUGAAAAUUUUACAGACACUUGUAUAGUCCACUCUGACCCAUAGUAAAAAAAAAUGCACUUUAUUUGAGUGUAAUAAGGUAUUAGCACAAGAGCACUAAUUCGGACAAUAUUUUUGCGUCUCCAACUGGAGACAGGACUGCCUUUUCACAUGGUCAUCUGAGCCACGCGAAGGUCUAGCCCCUUGCAGUGCAAAGAGAGUUCCUUCAUUUCUCAGUUAUUUUUAUUAAGACCCUGAGUAUUGGUCAGGCCCCAGGAAAUCAAACCCAUGACUUCCCACUCUGCAGUCAAACACUCUACUGACUGAGCUAAUCUUGCCGAUAACCAAUAGUCACUAUGAGGAAGUUGUAAAUUUUUUAAUAGAAUAAUGAUAAUACAGAUGUUCAUUUUGCCUAUUUCCGAAUAAAUUGGCUGUUUCAAUUAUUAUGGUUCUGCUCAUAUUUUUCUUGUUAAUGUCAAAUAUAGACGUGCCAAUAACUGUUUGAUUAAUAUACAUAUUGUUUGAUCCAUACAGGAAGUCCCACAUGAAGAGAGAAGAGCCUUGUCUAGCAAUAGUAACCACAUACAUAGCAUUUUUCAGGUUUGAGAAAACUAAUAAUUUAGUCGUCUACUUUUUACUGUAGGUUGUGAAAUGAAAAAAAUAUUGAGGGGGUGUUUAAUCACAAGUGCAUGUGAGGAAAUAUUCAGAACAUAUAUGUAUCUGGUGAUAAAAACAAUUGUAAAUUGUAAUCUGUUUACCCAUGAAGCAUUUAGGAGUUCUUAUGAACUUGUUUUUAAAACUUGUCUGACAGUGCUUUCCAGAUUGAAUUGGAAUUUGGAAAUGCCGGUUUUUGAGAAGAGGAGAAAAACCUCGUGGAGCAAAAAAGAGAACCAACAACAAACUCAACAACAACAAAACAACAAACUCAAUUACCCACAUAUGGCGUCAACACCAGGAUCGGAAACACUGUUCAUGUUCAUGCAGAAAAUGUUUGUUUAAUUUCCAUUGAUCACUGUAAUGAUAAUCUCAUCUCUUUCAGUACCAGGUAAAAAGAAGUAAGCAAGAUGAUACAGAAUUAGUAGCUUCAUAUUCUCUUUCACCAGUAGGAAAGAAAAGGUACAUUCCUUGACAAACACAUUAUUUUAUUUUAUGAUAUUUUCUCACAACCAUUUCGAACUUUUUGUGUUACUAUUGUACUAACAUACCAUAGCUGUGGUAUAAUUCAACGUUGACUUUAGAACCAUCAUGUUCCAGCAAUGGCCAUCAUUAAUAUGUACGAUUUCUGCUCUUUUUCAGUCAAAGACUCCUUCGAUCACCAAGAAAGGUUAGAAACAGUAGUGCAUCAGUCUGGGAAGCUGAUUGCAAACAGCUUUUGAAGCAGACGGAGUUGUUAUUUUGUGUAUAUAUAUUAAUGAAAGUGCAGAAAUAUAUGUUUAUUUCAGGUGAAAUGACUGAACACUUAAAUGAGUCACUUUCUCUCUCCACUUGACUUGUGUCGAUGUUACUGCAUACAUUUAUUCAUCCUGCAUUUUGACAGAAAUAGGUGAUUCUUUUGUGUUAUAUAAGGCAGCUUAAGCAAAGGUACAAAGUGGUUUUUCAGUGAUGCACAUCAACUGGAUGUGAGGCCAUUCGCCUCUCUGCUACCAAAUUUGUAUUGUUAAGUGUCUUAGUUUACUGUCAUAGAGACAAUUUGUUCUAAAAUUUCAGCAAAAGCCACUGCCCAACAAAUAAGUGCUAAAAGUCCACAGUUUCCAUGUCAUUUAUACCAUACACACACUAUAAUAAGUCUUACACUUUGGUUUCUUUUUAUCAGUCAACAAGAAAAAUUUCCAAGAUACCAUUUAAAGUGCUAGAUGCUCCAGAACUACAGGUAAGUUUGAAGAUGCACUAAGUGAAACUUGACCAUUCUUACUGACAAUGUUACAGUAUACUAAACAGAAAUGUUUUCAUUAGUUUUCCAUAAAUUUUGCAAAUUAUUUUCUCUUCAAAAUCACCCCGCUGUUCUUUUUUGAAGCAUUAGGUGAUAAGUCCAGGAGCCCCAAACAACAUAUUUGGUAUUACUGUUUUUCUCGUAAUAGGAUGACUUUUACCUAAAUCUGGUGGACUGGUCAGGACAGAAUAUUUUAAGUGUUGGCCUUGGAACAUGUGUUUAUCUCUGGAGUGCUUGUACCAGCCAGGUAGGCAAAUACUUUGUUAGUAUACAUGUAUUCAAUAUUUCCCUCCUUAUAGUGUUUUUCAAAAUACAUGCAUGAAAAGUUUCCACUAAAGUGAUUCAAUGUAUUAUUUGUCUGUUUGUUUGACGUUUGUUAUCCAUGUUUAGGUUACAAAACUUUGUGAUCUUGCUGCUGAUGGUGAUUCUGUAACUUCAGUUUCUUGGUCUGAAAGGGUAUGUGAUUAGUUUGAAAUGGCAUGUAAUUUCUAUAGUGAAGUCAAAAACCUGUUGCAAACAAAUAAAUAUUAAUUGUAAGGUUAUGUAAGGUUGCAACAAUUCUGAAAAUUAUUCUUCCUCUUUGGAUGCCCUGUGUUCAUGAACGCCACUACUGAUUCCCCUGUGUUGAUGCACAGUUUGCGUGGAUGGUCCAAUUUUUUUUUUGUUUUACAUGUAUGUACUUUAUGAGAAUUCUGCUUGGACUUCAACCUUGGAAAACUGGGAAACAAAAAUCAUUUAAAAAAUUGCCAAUCUUAUUUUAUUAAUAGUGACUCAUCAGAUUCACAGUGAAUUGGUACCUUUCAAGAAAUUGUUGUUGACAAGGAUGACCCCCCCAUAGGAUUUGUUUGACAGACUUACAUUGUAACAACACAAACAUAAAACUAUUGACCAUUCAAUUACUGUGAAACUCAUAAAACUGUAAACACCAGAAAUAUUUAUAGAAUGUUAUUGUGUUGCGAAAAAUAAGCCAAUAAGGCGCGAGAUAACUAAACCACAAACAGCAACAGUAAUUAGUUUGUGGUUUUGACAUUUGCUUGCGUAUCCUGAACUUUAUUGUGAUUGGCCAGUACACAAUCAACAUUCCUGAAAUUUUUCAGGUGUUCACGGUUUUCUUAGUUUGACAGUAAUGGGGUUAUUUUCUUUGUAAAAAGAGUGGUCUUGUCGCUGUUGGAACUCACAAGGGACUUGUCCAAAUAUGGGAUGCUGGAGCUCAAAAAAGAGUGUCAACAAUAGAAGGUCAUACGGCAAGAGUAGGUCAGUAAUCAAAUAUAGCCAUUUAUUCUUGUCUUGUCUUCACUUUUCUUAUUGUUAUUGUCUAUGAACAUUUAUAAGUUUAUUUGCAGUUGCAAUUUAUGAAUUAAGCCUUUGGAAUGCAGUCAAAAUUAAUGAUGAUUAAAAACUGGAUUCAAACAGAUUAAGGCAAUUUUCUGCUCUAUUCAAGAGGCAAUAGGGAGGCCCUGACAGGGGGGGGGGGGUCCCAUGUCGCCUGUCUGAAUUUUAAAAUGUCUCGUGUCGGUGUUUAUAAAUGCUUGUCGCUUAUUGUCGGCUUUACCGUCACUGUCGCAAUUUGGCCGAGGGAGGUUGUCUAUUGUCGCGAUUUCAUUUUAUGCGCUGUUGCUACUUUUUGGGCCAUGUCACUUGUCGGAAUUUACCCUGGCAGGGCCUCAAUAGGGGCCUUAAUUCUUUCACCCCUUUGUUAUGUAUCUACGAAUUCUCAACUUAUUAUGAUGUAUGUCACAUUAUGGUACUUGUCUAAUGUUAAUCAUUCUUAAAGGUGCCUUGGCAUGGAAUGGAGACAUGCUUUCAUCUGGAAGUAGAGACCGGCUUAUUCUUCAACGAGAUGCCAGAUCAUCAACCCCAGUGGAGAGAAGGCUUAUAGGUCACAGGCAGGAGGUAAUUCUUGAAAAAUUUUAUACUCUUUAGUGCUAUUGGAUAUUAAGAGAAUGACUGGAGUUAUCAUAAUGACAAAUUUAUUAACCUGCAUUGCAGACAUACAUGUAACUUAACCCUGGUUAGUAAUGUCUGCAAAGCAGUACCAAUGUCCUUGUUCUGGGCCUCCAACAGAUUCAGUGGAUUACUGGAAAUGCACUUCGAAAUUUCCCUUCAAUCUGAUUGGCAAAUUGACCUGUCAAAUGCAAUUUUUAACAGGACAACCAUGGCGCGUACUCAAAUCCUGGUACACAGGUGGCGACCUAGAACAAGGAUUUUGACUUUGUUUCACAAACUAAGUUUUAGUUUCAUCUAUGGCACAGACUACACAAUAAAAUGAUCAAAAUAAAUGAGGUGGUUUUAUAAGAUUAGGAUGGUAAUAUGACAAAGGUCCAUUGUAUUAUUUUGAUAAUAGAAUAUUAAUUAUUGCAUUCCUAAUGUUGUGUUCCUGUGGCACUAACGCAGAAAUUUUCGAGUUAUCACGGGCGACUGCAAAUUAGCUGCCCCUGUUAAUUUUAUCAGGGGCACCUCAGCCGGGAAACUGGGCCCCUUUCGACUUGAUUUCAUUUCCAUACUUUUUUCAUAAGUGAUGAAUGCAUAGCGGAUCUGUAAUCAGUGAUUACCUCUGACUAGUUAAUAAAAUAUCUAUCCUUUGAUAGGUGUGUGGAUUAAAGUGGUCCCCAGAUCACCAGCAUCUGGCGUCAGGAGGCAACGAUAACAAGUUACUGGUGUGGAGUCUGUCUAGCGUGUCUCCAGAGCAACAGUAUGGUGAACACUCAGCAGCUGUCAAAGCCAUAGCAUGGUCUCCUCAUCAGGUAGUACUCUUUCCAUGCACAUUUUAGGAUAAAAGAAACUAUAUAUUUCUGUCCCCAGUUCUUCAAAUGUUCGAUAAGACUUUCCAUAGAUAAAUGGCUAUUUAUUGGAUAACUUUUAAUAGGGAAAUAGCACUAUCCACCUUCUGAAAAACUGGUGUGUGAAUGCUGGUGUAGUUGAUCUAUAUUUUCUCAUCAGACUUAAAAAUUUAAAGUUAACAUUACAUUGAUUUGUACUGUCUCAGUCUAUCUCAUCCUCACAAGACAGUGAAUGGAACUUAAAACGUUUAAAUCACGAAAAUGUGAAGGGAAGUUAAUCAUGCAGUGCCAUUUUUUGUGUUUCACUCACAACACAGGAUAAACAUAACCUUGGGUCUUGUGCAAUUAAGUAAAAAUGAGUGCUGAUACAAAGGCAACAGUGUAAACAGAACUACAAGCACAAGAAGGCAAAAUAAUUUAGACAAUGUUUUGGUUUUUGUUCUUGCAUCUGAGCUGUUUUCACAAUGAAACAAGGAUUUUAUUCUUUCCCUUGCUUGUGUUUGUGUUUGCAUUGUUUAUAGCGAAAAUAUCAGGCGCUAGAGUACUAAUUGGCUGCGUGUGGUUUUUUUUAGCAUGGUCUACUAUCCUCAGGGGGUGGAACAGCUGAUAGAUGCAUUAGAUUCUGGAACACUUUAACUGGACAGCCACUACAGUGUGUAGACACUGGGUCACAGGUAUUGUUUCUGACUUGAUUAGCUCUUCUUAGGGUAACCGUUACAAAAUUCACAAUGCUUGUCAAAUUUCUAUGAAAGUUCUCUUUGUAAAACAUAGUUAUCCAAAGAAUAUGACAGAGAGAAUUCCUGUGUGCACUUUACCAGGCAAUUUGAAAAUAAUUGACAUUUCUCAGAACUUCACUAAAUUUGAAAUUUAGCAGCUGUCUUUAGUUUGAUAAACAGCAACACUUUUUUUUACUUUAGGUGUGCAACCUAGCAUGGUCAAAGCAUUCUAAUGAACUGGUGAGUUUUCAAUUGUUUCCUUUUUUCUUGUUGUUUUUAUUUACUGGGACAUGUUUUUAGUUUUGUUCCAAGAUGCCAUUGUUGUGGUUUUUCAUUAUUGGCUAAAAUGCUCAUACAUGUGUAUUAAAGUGUCACCCACAUUUAUUCUAGGUCAGCACACAUGGUUAUUCACAGAACCAGAUACUUGUAUGGAAAUAUCCCUCCCUUACUCAAGUAGCAAAGUUAACCGGACAUUCCUAUAGAGUUUUAUACUUGGUAAGUGAAAUCAUCAGGGUUUUUUCAAGGUUCACAGAAACUGCUUUUUUAUUUGAAAUGAAUCUUGAGGCUGUUAUUAGAGCAUGGUCAUAAAAUUUGCUCGCAGAUUGAGAUUUUCCUAAGCUACAAAUAAAUAAUGUAUUGUACUUUUCCAGUUCUGUGAGGCUACAUAAUUGGAUUGUGUGAAUUUCAGGUCACCUUUGUGAUAAAAACAAAUUGUAUAUUUACCCAGAGCUGUCAUUAAGGCGGCACCCGACCCCUGAAGGGGGUCGAUGAUACUUACACCAGAGGAGCUACUUCCAUAGGACAACAGAAGAAAAAUAGAACCAAAAGAAAUCCUUAGCUGUUUGAUUCUCCGCCUACUUGUCGUAUUUGCCUGGUAACUUGAAAUCUUAGUGACAACCCUGAUUUACCAGUGGAAAAUACCCCUACCUGGCCGUAUGGCAACCUAACAUUUAAAAUCAUAUAUAUGAUGCUUGAAUGUGGCACUAUUUUAUAUCUUUAAUACCCUGGUAGAUGUAAUUUUCCUUGUACAAUUGUUAAACCCGGCCCGCUUCAAUCAGAAAACAAUGCAAUGAGAACUCAAAUGCUCAACUAUAUAAAUUAUAUGUAACAUUUUUUCUAGACUACGAGUAGUCCCAUUGUUCCUCAGAGCAAACGAAAUGCAAGGAAGGCGAGACGUAGCAGGGCUUUGUUUUUCUCUCUCCCCAUGGCUUCUCGUCUUUCUCGCUUGGGGUGAUUUUCAUGCGUGCUCACGUUUUGCUCACUCUACUAUCCCUGAGGAAAAAUGGGUACUACUUGUAGUCUACAAAAAUAUAAUUGCAUAUAAUAAUUGUUGUGUUCACAGGCCGUGUCUCCUGAUGGUGAAGCCAUAGUUACUGGAGCAGGAGAUGAAACUCUUAGAUUUUGGAAUGUAUUCAACAAAGCUCGCUCUCACAAGGUAUUAUUUGCUGCUGUUAAUCUGUUGCUUUGUCGUAAAGGGGCCCUAUGUCAAAGUGAGCACCAAAGGUUUUUGGUUAUAGCUGAGCUGAGAUUGUAACCAAGGGUUGUUGUGCUCUUAACUCUAAAGGGAAGGGGAAGCUAAGCAUCAUCAGUGUUGGUCAUUAACUUGAAAAAUUUGGCCCCGUUCUUUCAAGUUGCGAUCUGAUUCCAUCCUGGUCAUUAAAUGCUAAAGACCUACACGCAGUUAAACGUCAUUUUGAAAUAAAACUGAACCAUUCUUUCAGGGAUUUCCUUGAUUUCAGUGAGUUCUUAGGGUUUCAAAGUAAUACCAAAGAACCCUGACAUAGUUCCUUUAAUUGAGGUGUGUAAACCCCAAAAUCAAACCAAGUGAUGUUAUUGGCCACUGUCAGCAGAUGCAGUCAGUCAAAUGAACCAAUCAGAAUGCCAAGUCAGCUGGCUGCAGUUUCCUGCGCUUUGAUAUGAAGACAUGAUUCUUUGAUGUCAUUGGCCAAUCACAGUAGACAUAAAAGUCGAAUGAACCAAUCAAAAUGCCAAGUCAGCUGGGUAAAUUUUCCCACGCUUAGAUUCAAGAACAUCUUCGUAGCCAAGCGCAGAAAAAAUAAGUUAUUUUUGUUUACAGGACCUCUGACAAAUCGAAAAAGUGAUACAAUAUUUUAUUCAUUCACAAGCGACUUAAAGUAACACAUCAUUCCUUAUUCUACAAGUCCCUAUUUCUCUCUCUCCUAACAAAAUGAUUUCUUUUAUUUUCUUCAACAGGAAUCAAAGUCAGAGCUCAAUCUGUUCUCAAGAAUAAGAUAAUGCUACCAAAAACUAUGUUUACUUCGUAAGGUCAUUUAAAAAUUGUUAUUUUAAAUUGCCAGUCAACAAGUAACAUGAAACUGUGAGAGGAUGCACAUGACAAGAUUUACAAUAUAUAUUACUCACAUAUAUAAUGGUAAAUUUACAUGUUGAUUAUGAAAUUCGUAUCAUUGCAUAUGAUGUAACGAUUUGGUACAAUAUUCUUGAAAAGGAAAGAAUUCUACAACUAGCUAUAUACUAAUAAUUAGUAUAUAGCUAGUUGUAGAAUUUGUAAUUAUUAGUAGAUAAGCGUAAUAGCACCAUUUUGAGACACAACAAAAUAAAAAAGAUCCUAGAACAUUGCAACUUGUGGAUAAGGUUAUUGAUUGCUGUGUUGGUGGUGCGAAAGUUCUGUUAAAAAUCCAGGUGUAGUUAAUUGAUAAACUGAUAAUCAAUUUAUGAUAUCAAUUGAAAGACGUCGAUAAAGAAAAAAAGUUGUGACUUCAAUUAAUCUCAGUUUCCUAUAGAAGUCUGUAAUGAUUGCUUUAUUGAUUGUUAUCGAUUAUUAUCGGGAAAGACUUAAGUCAUUCGGUACAAGCUCAACAUUGGUAUUCAUUAAGUCAUUCAAUCAUGGUACUAUGCAGUUUCUUUAAUA